GAGGAGAAAGAAGAGACUGAGCAACCAUGAGGGAUAAUGAAAAGGCCUGGUGGCAGCAGUGGACCUCCCACACAGGCCUCAUGGUGGGGGGCGGGACUCAGGAGGACCGUAUGGGGUUUGGAGGGGGAGUAGCUGCACUGAGGGGCCGCCCCUCUCCCCUGCAGAGUACCAUUCACGAGUCCUACGGUCGGCCAGAGGAGCAGGUGCUCAUCAACCGCCGGGACAUCAUGAACAAAGCGGACACCUGGGACAUGCAGGAGUACAUCACUCGCAUGUACAUCAAGCAGCUGCUCCGACACCCCGCCUUCCAACUGCUGCUGGCCCUGCUGCUGGUGAUCAACGCUAUCACCAUCGCUCUCCGCACCAACUCCUACCUAGACCAGAAACACUAUGAGUUGUUCUCUACCAUAGAUGACAUUGUGCUGACCAUCCUUAUGUGUGAAGUUCUCCUCGGCUGGCUCAAUGGCUUCUGGAUUUUCUGGAAGGACGGCUGGAACAUCCUCAACUUCAUUAUCGUCUUUAUCUUGCUCUUGCGGUUCUUCAUUAAUGAAAUCAAUAUCCCCUCCAUCAACUAUACUCUCAGGGCGCUUCGUCUGGUGCAUGUGUGCAUGGCGGUGGAGCCCCUGGCCCGGAUCAUCCGCGUCAUCCUGCAGUCGGUGCCUGACAUGGCCAAUAUCAUGGUCCUCAUCCUCUUCUUCAUGCUGGUUUUUUCAGUGUUUGGGGUAACCCUCUUUGGUGCAUUUGUGCCCAAGCAUUUCCGGAACAUACAGGUUGCGCUGUACACCCUCUUCAUCUGCAUCACCCAGGAUGGCUGGGUGGACAUCUACAGUGACUUCCAGACAGAGAAGAGGGAAUAUGCAAUGGAGAUUGGGGGUGCCAUCUACUUUACCAUCUUCAUCACCAUCGGUGCCUUCAUUGGCAUCAACCUGUUUGUCAUCGUGGUGACCACCAACCUGGAGCAAAUGAUGAAGGCAGAAGAGCAGGGACAACAGCAACGAAUUACCUUUAGUGAGACAGGCGCAGAGGAAGAGGAGGAGAAUGACCAGCUGCCACUGGUGCACUGUGUGGUCGCCCGCUCGGAGAAAUCUGGUUUCCUCCAGGAACCCCUUGUGGGAGGCCCCCUGUCCAACCUCUCAGAAAACACGUGUGACAACUUUUGCUUGGUGCUUGAGGCAAUACAGGAGAACCUGAGGCAGUACAAGGAGAUCAGAGAUGAACUCAACAUGAUUGUGGAGGAGGUGCGUGCAAUCCGCUUCAACCAGGAGCAGGAGGCAGAGGUGUUGCAAAGGCAGUCUUCGACGAGCAGAUCAUUGGAGACUACGUCAUCCAAGGACAUCCGCCAGAUGUCUCAACACCGAGACUUGCUCAGUGCGCUCGUUAACAUGGAAAAGGUUCAUGACUCUAGCUCACAAAUACUCCUUCAAAAACGCAAGAACAGCCAUUGA